CUUGCCUUUAAAUGUUUGGGACGUUAUCUGAAAACCAGAGGCCCAGAUUUUGGGGGGUAGCCUUAGAUCAGGUCAGUCUGUAUGUGUAAAACUGUGAUUAAAAUUACAUUUGAGAUAAACUAAUGUAUCCUAACAAUAAUAGUACAUCAAAAUACCACAUUAUAUUUUAAUUGUAAGGGUCUGGAAAGCUCUCUCCCUCUGUGGUCACAAACUUACAAAUACCUCCACUGCUGACGUAUAUGCCUCUGACAGACAAGGACCAAUCAAAACGCGAGAUUGAUGUGCUUCCAUCCCAAAAGUCGGGCCCGUGUCAUACCUCGAAAUAGUCAAGUAUGUAUAUUUUUAACAGAAUUUCUUCAGGGUUCAACUUACACCUCCGGGUUCCCAGGUGUCAAAGAAAAGAAAAUGAAGGGUGACCACCAUGAAAAACGAGACGCUCCCGGUCAGAAAGGAAAACCAGUUAAGAAAAGCGAGGAUGGGUUCUGUUACCGAUGAGCCUGGGGUCUUCCAAUCUACACAUUCAUACACAACCCCACUGUUUCCUUCAAAGGGCACUUCCGUCCUCUAGCUACCUGGAUGAUGUCAUCAGCCCUACCCUGGGAUGGGGCUGGGCCUACCUUCACCUCAGGUUUGCCAGCGUUCCAUGUGGGUGGGGCAGGAGCUUAUAAAUACCACAGCCUAAAGCAAGGAGACUAUUCUCAGUGGUCACAAACAGAUCUAAGGCGUUGGCGUACUAUUGGGAACACUGAACUUCAAGAACAAAGGUAGCUGAGGGACCAUCCUUCAGCCUUAGACCCAGUAAAAUAGAGACAGUGUGAUGUCUCAACUUAUUCCAAACCAUGUGCUACGAGUUGGACAGACGAUAUGUCUCUCGUCAAAAGAGGACGUCGUCCCCCUGGGGCGCAGCUGUCCAUCCGUCUCUCCGACAUGCUGUUCCUACUCCACAGACAGAUGGGUUAGCCAACCAAUGAAGAUCCGCUCCCAACAAAGUGGAACUUCCACGCAAAAUAGUGGACACUACCAGAUCUGUGAUAAACGAGGGGACCCUGACUUUCUCACACACUGUGUCCUCUCCGGCUCAGCGGGGUAUAGCGCUAAAAGUCAGGGGACUCAAGUUUUCAGUGCUUCAGGCCAGCACAGAGAAGAGGAGGGUUGUGCGGAGAGGGAUGAGGAGAACCCUCUCUCUCCAACGCUGGACGUCUCCAUCGACAACCUCAACCAGCUCAUUUUGGAACUGGACCCAUCUUUUCAACCCAUCCCUGUCCACACAGCAAACCAUUUCAAUAGCCGAGAAUCUUCAAGUAUGAGAUCUGAGCGACCGGCUCAAGGAUCUCAUGAUGAUGUGGAAAUCUCCGAAGUUCAUCUGGUGUCCAGAAGCACCUCCACUUCUCGCUCAUCGGAUCGCUCUAUCACCAGCACUGCCUCUUAUGGGGUCCCGAUUCCCCCAAGGUCACCCAGGGACAACAGCUGCUCCACCAGCGGGAGCCUCAUCUUCUCCAGCUCCCCAUCCAGAGCGAGCACUCUGCCUCCUCAGCCUUGCUCUCGGCGUGGGGGCUCUGACAGCCCCGCUACCCAGUGCAGCACAUGGGAGCAUACCCCCCACAGCUCCUGCUCCACCCUGCCCCACUCCCCUGGUUCAGACACCUGGCCCAAGAACUUGCACAUCCACGGGCAAAGGAUGAGCGGAGCCUCGCUGCUGUCCACAUCACCAGGCUCCGACACGAGCUACAUUCUGGGAAGUGUCCACUCUCUCAUGAGCGAAGAUGCCGACAGUCCCGAGAGAAAACUCUUCGGGUCCUCAGGGUCCUACUGGAACCUGAGCAGCCCUUAUUCCAACUCCCCUGACCUCCAGAAAACCUACUUCAGCGACCAAAACCUUGAGGUCUCCAACAGCCAAUCUCAGCACCCAUCAUCCAUCCGUUCAUUCAAGGGACAAAACCCCCUCUCCCGUGCCUAUCUCAGAGGUCACCCCAGCAGCUGCCCUCCCUCCGUCACUUGUUCCAUGGCUGACAUCCCCAUGGUCCUCAUCAAUGGGAGCCCCGAGCACAAGGACUCAGUAAUCCCAGACUCCCGGAACAGUCACAACUCUGGGACACUGGGACACAGAGCGACCAUGAAGAAGUCCUGCAAAGCUUCAAGCACCCCUGCUGUCAAUGGUCAGUCUUCAGAUGUCCAGCCCACCAUGAAGUUUGUCAUGGAUACCUCCAAGUUCUGGUUCAAGCCCCACAUCAGCAGGGACCAGGCUGACGCUCUUCUGAAGGACCAGGAACCGGGUUCCUUCAUCGUGCGGGACAGCACAUCUUAUCGAGGCGCUUUUGGGUUGGCCAUGAAGGUCGACAAAGACCCGUUACCUUCAAGCAGAUCAGAUGGCCAGAGCUCAGAUCUCAUCAGGCAGUACCUUAUUGAAUCUUCAGCAAAAGGAGUCCGUCUUAAAGGAGCUUCGGAAGAACCCUAUUUUGGCAGCCUUUCUGCUUUGGUUUACCAGCAUGCCAUUACUAAACUGGCUUUGCCCCGUAAACUGCUUAUUCCUACCACAGAUUUCGCAGAGAGAGGUGAACACAGGGAAGACACGUCAGCAACACAUGAGAAUACAACACCAGCAACCUGCAACCUUCUGUACCUGAAUUCAGUCAACACAGAGUCUCUGACUGGGCCUCUCGCUGUCCAGAAGGCCGUGUCCGCCACGUUCGAGACAGACCCCCUCCCCGUCCCCACCAUCGUCAACUUCAAAGUGUCGCACAAGGGCAUCAUACUUACUGACAUCCAGAGAAAACUGUUCUUCAGGCGACACUACCCUACAAACACCCUCAGUUACUGCGGUGCUGAUCCAGAGGACAGGAAGUGGCAAAAGCACUGCAGAUCUGCCAGGAUUUUUGGAUUUGUUGCAAAAUGCCAAGACAUCAGCCAGGAGAAUGUGUGCCACCUGUUUGCAGAGUAUGACAGCCUGCAGCCAGUAGAGCUAGCCAUCAAACUGGCCAGGGGUCUGAAGGACUUGGACACCCAGUGACCACCUGCUGCAGCCCAACCCUGACCUGGCUGACUCCCCCACGGACUGGACACCAUCCAUAUACAUACACACUGUGUAUACAACAGCCUGGACCGCCAUAUCUCAACCCAUUUCCUAUGUACUAGGUGGGGAUUUAAUGUCAAAUUCAUAUGUUUCUGUUGUGUUUUAUUGUGCUAAAUAUACAGCUACGGCCAAAAGCUGCGUCAGCCUAUAGAAUUCUAUCUAAUUUUGCUUCGUAAAGUCGAAUGAAACCUGCUGAACAAUGUUACAUUAACAUAUUGAAUUGCACCCCGCUUUGUAGUUUUCCAUAUACUUAACAAAAAACUGACUACAAUUGAAAAUUGUGACAUUUUAAAAUCUAACAUGACAUAACAUAAAAUCUAAUAUAUGUAGUCUAUUUAUUUAUUUAUUUUUUUCGUACGAAACACAUUUUGUAUUUUCAUUGCCAUUGUAUUUUGUAUGGCACUUAUACUGUAUUUGCACAUUGCAAUACUUUAAGGUUGCCAUGGUGACCCAUCCCACGAAGCUCUAUAAAAUUGUUACUUUAAUCGUUUUGUUGUUUGGUCAUAUUAUUUCAUAGGGUAGAUCGCCCUCUAGUGGUUGGGAUGAACUACUCCAAGAAACACAAGUCUACUAUGUUUAAGACUAUUAGACAACAUACAUUCCACUUUGAAAAAAAAAAUAAAAAAUCCUUAAAAUCUUGCUACUGUAUAUAUGAAAUACAAUAUGUCCAUUUAUACAGUUCAGUGCUAAUGUGCAAACGUGGAAUGGAAUUAAAGUCAGCUAAUGCUGUUCAUUAUGUGUCAAAGUACAGUAUAUAUUUAAAAGAAAUCCUGGGUACUGUGUGUGUAAUAUAAUCUGUAGAUUUUUUUGAGUGUACCAGAUAUUGUCGUGCCAAGAACGCAUCAUAAAUCUGCCCAUUUUUUUCUGUUGCUCUGCUUAAAGUGGAAAAAAGACAGCGGGAUUUAUUUUAUCGUAUUAUUAGUUUAUUCAGUAACACUUUACAUCAAGCGUCUAAUGAUGACUGUGCAUUUACAUAGUAGUUUCUUAGUAAAUACAUCAGAAAUGCAAUGUUAGUAUGCCUAGUUAGAAUGUAGUUAAUGUGUACAUCUUUUUACACAGUAUAAACCUAACCCUACCCUGAACCCUAACCCUUUUCUGAUACUAUUUUGUACUUACAGAUAUCGUGCAAAAAGAUUAUAUGAGAAAGGCAGUAACCAACAUGUCAAUAUGAAUAAUAUAUAAAUUAUUCAGAGAGCUUGUUAAAGGUUUAUCUGCAGUUGCAGCUUUCUGCCACAAGGGGUAGUAAAAAAACUAUAUUUGUGUUAGUUUAAACAACCCAAGACAGAAUUGUGCUUUUUUUAUUUUUCAUUUUAUUAACUAGUAAUGUCUAGCUUACUGAUAUUGUAACAAAAUACAUUUUGUUUUUUGUUGUUGUUGUUAAUGGUUAUGUUAAAAUGCACAGAAAGCAUAGCUGUGUAAGAGACUGAAUGAUUUGUCUUCAUACUGUAAUGAUAAUCUCCAAAAGAAGAUAAUUAAAUUAAAACGUGUUUUACCCUUACGUAA